GACAGAGAAGAAGACGACACGUAGCCUCAAUAAUGGCGGAGAGUACAGUUUCGGAUGAAGGCUCGUCUUUUAUGGAUCCUCUUAAAGGGCUUUUGUUGACAUAUUUUAUGCCCGAAUCAUGUUACGACGAGUUCUUUCUCAAUUUGAACUUCUUGGACGUACCAUGUCUGAAGAUUGUACUGAGCAAAGGCCUGGGGAUCGGCAUCAUCCUGGGAUCAGUAAUGGUCAAGCUGCCUCAGAUCUUAAAGCUAAUGGGAGCAAAGAGUGCUGAGGGGCUGAGCUUCAAGUCUGUGCUGCUGGAGCUGCUGGCCAUCACCGGAACAAUGGCCUACAGUAUCGCCAACAAGUUCCCUUUCAGUGCCUGGGGCGAGGCUCUGUUCCUCAUGAUGCAAACGGUCACCAUAGGCUUCCUCAUUCAGCACUAUGGAGGAAGGAGCAGCAGAGGUCUCCUGUUUCUGGUCGUGUAUUUUGGCCUGCUGGUCCUCGUACUGUCUCCAGUCACUCCCAUAUCAGUGGUUACCUCCAUGCAGGCCUCUAACGUGCCAGCCAUCAUCAUCAGCAGGCUGAUCCAGGCAUGGUCUAACUUUCGUAAUGGGCAUACUGGCCAGCUGUCUGCUGUUUCUGUCUUCCUGCUGUUCGCUGGAUCCCUCGCCCGCAUCUUCACCUCACUACAGGAAACCGGAGACUCACUGAUGGCCCUCACCUACGUCAUAUCAUCAACUUGUAACGGCGUCAUCGCUCUGCAGGUCCUCUACUACUGGAACAGCUCCCCAGAACGCAAGAAGAAGAAGAAAAAGAAGAGAGAGUAGGCAAAGGACAGUCGCUAAGAAGAGUGUUGCUCUAAGAUUAAAGUUUAGCACCAGACACUCUCAAAGAGGUGUCUUCAAAACGUUAAAGAACUAAUUGAAAUGCAUGAACAGAGCCACUGGGGAGUGUGGCACAUGGAAUCUGCUGGACAAACACUAGGCUUGGAAGUUGGGAUGUGAAUGCAACAUGCCCAGCAGAUCACGUAGGCCCACUGGCUUUAUGAUUGACAGUUAGCUGGUUUUAUUGGUGAUGUUUAGCUCUGAGCAGGACUGCUGGGUACAGACUCCCGCUGUGCAAAACACCGUUAUUACAUUCCUCUUGUUCCAGUUUUCCUAAUUAUAAUCAGGCUAUGUUCACACUGGUGUGUUAAAAUAUUUGGAAAUGGUUUGUGCACUGACAUGUUGAUUUUUCACAUUGAGGGACCCUGAUUACUAUCCUUAUCAUCACGGUUAUUUUUGGGGGGGGGAGGGAUUGAUUUGAAACAGUUUUGACAUUGGAUGCAUGUAAAGAAUGAUUAGUUGUUUUAUAAUUUCACAUAAACAUAAUUCCACACUA